CCAAGAUCGAUGGAUUUCAAAACCAAGCUCUAUUUAUGCGAAUGAUGGUCGCUUUAAGAAGACGCAAAACACAAUCAUCAUAUGCGAAAACAUUUUUCCCAAAAAGGCAAAAAGGCCCCUAGCUUUAUACAUUUAUCCCUAACAUGUCCUUUGACUCCGAAGCAGCACCGGCUUCGUCCAGCAGAGACUGGUACUUCCCCUCACCGCCCUUCAUCAACUCCACGAAAUUCCCGAAUUACCCUCGGCGGUUCGCCUCAAACCCCUACUUUCCGGCCGAUCCAAAGCGGCCGUCGUCAUUUAGCCGUGUUUCUUGUCGGGAUUCCACUGCGCCCUCUCGACAAGUUUCUUCGUCGCGCUCAGCUCCUCCUCAAACACCGGUCAACCAUGCAGGUGUUCGCCGGAGAGUUGGCUUCGCUCGCCGGAGAGACCAACAGACGAGAACGAACGGCGACGAUGUCGUUCCAGCUAGUCAAUUGGAUAUUUCGGGAGCUAUUCCGGGGGAGAAAGUCUCUGCUUCGAAGAAGCUUCUUGAAUUUUCGGGCCAAAGUUUUAAAGUUCGACUUCGAUGGAAAAUGGCAAUCACAGUAGCGAUUUUGAUCACCGCUUUCUCAUCAUUGCUGUACCAGAAUUUCUCUUUACACAACGAAGUCGAUGAGUUGCAGGAGCAGAUUUCGAUACUUAGACUUAGAUUACGAGCGCACAAUCUAUCAGACACCAUAGACGUUAUCAAUUCCUCUGCAGAGGAUAGUUAUAAUAUUCCAAUCAAAAGCUUAAAAAGAUUAGCUCUUAUUGUCUCUCUCACACUUUUAUCCACCCCUAUCUUUAUCCUAAAGUACAUUGACUAUGUUUCACGAUCAAGAUCAUUGGAAAAUGUUUCAGAAGAAGUCUCUCUAAAUAAACAACUAGCAUAUCGGGUGGAUCUAUUUUUAUCAGUUCAUCCCUAUGCUAAGCCAUUGGCUUUGUUACUUGCAACUCUUUUACUUAUUUGUCUUGGGGGGCUGUCACUCUUUGGAGUGAAAGAUGAUAGCUUAGCUGAAUGCCUUUGGUUAUCAUGGACCCAUGUAGCUGAUUCCGGCAAUCAUGCUAACUCUGAAGAAAUCGGUGAAAGGCUAGUUUCAGUUUCUAUUAGCUUUGGUGGGAUGCUUAUAUUUGCAAUGAUGCUUGGACUUGUUUCCGAUGCAAUUUCUGAGAAAUUUGAUUCGUUGAGGAAAGGAAAAAGUGAGGUGGUUGAGCAAAAUCAUACUUUAAUUCUUGGGUGGAGCGAUAAAUUGGGAUCACUAUUGAACCAGAUUGCAAUUGCCAAUGAGAGUUUGGGUGGAGGAAUUGUUGUAGUAAUGGCUGAGCAAGACAAAGAGGAAAUGGAACUUGACAUUGCUAAAAUGGAGUUUGAUUUCAAAGGAACAUCUGUCAUCUGCAGAAGUGGGAGUCCUCUUAUUUUGGCUGACUUGAAAAAGGUCUCUGUCUCCAAGGCCCGUGCAAUAAUUGUCCUUGCUGAAGAUGGAAAUGCUGAUCAGAGUGAUGCACGUGCAUUGAGAACUGUUUUAAGUCUAACUGGAGUAAAAGAAGGGCUGAGAGGACAUAUAGUGGUUGAACUAAGUGAUCUUGACAAUGAGGUCCUUGUUAAACUUGUUGGUGGGGAUCUUAUUGAGACAGUUGUGGCUCAUGAUGUGAUUGGUCGGUUGAUGAUUCAAUGUGCUAGACAGCCAGGACUUGCACAGAUUUGGGAGGAUAUCCUUGGGUUUGAAAACUGUGAGUUCUACAUCAAAAGAUGGCCUCAGUUGGAUGGCAUGUCUUUUGAGGAUGUGCUGAUCAGUUUUCCUGAUGCUAUUCCUUGUGGAGUCAAGGUUGCAUCAUUAGGUGGUAAGAUUAUACUGAAUCCUGAUGACUCCUAUGUUCUACAAGAGGGUGAUGAAGUUCUUGUUAUCGCAGAGGAUGAUGACACGUAUGCUCCAGCUGCUUUGCCUAUGGUAAAAGAGGCAUCAUUCAUACACAUUACCCGACCAGCAAGAAAGCCACAGAAGAUUCUACUGUGUGGAUGGAGGAGGGACAUUGAUGAUAUGAUUGUGGUAUUAGAUGCCUUCCUGGCACCUGGUUCAGAGCUUUGGAUGUUCAACGAUGUUCCAGAAAAGGAAAGGGAAAAGAAGCUAAUUGAUGGUGGCCUUGAUACAAACCGGUUGGUAAAUAUAUCAUUGGUAAAUCGUGAGGGAAAUGCUGUUAUACGGCGUCACUUGGAAAGCCUUCCCUUGGAAUCUUUUGAUUCGAUCUUAAUUUUGGCUGAUGAGUCAGUGGAGGACUCAGCAAUUCAGGCUGAUUCCAGAUCUCUUGCCACGUUAUUGUUGAUUCGUGAUAUUCAGGCCAAGCGUCUGCCUAUGAUAACACAAGUUGACAGUGGAAGCUUUUCACAAGGGUCUUGGAUGGGAGAAAUGCAGCAGGCCUCUGACAAGUCAGUUAUAAUAAGUGAAAUACUGGAUCCAAGGACUAAAAAUUUAUUAUCCAUGUCAAAGAUCAGUGAUUAUGUGCUAUCAAAUGAGCUUGUAAGCAUGGCAUUGGCUAUGGUUGCUGAGGAUCGGCAAAUAAAUGAUGUAUUGGAAGAGCUAUUUGCAGAGGAGGGAAAUGAGAUGCAUAUAAGGCAAGCAGAUCUUUAUCUUCGUGAAGGUGAGGAGUUGAGUUUUUAUGAAAUAAUCUUACGAGCCCGGCAGCGGAGAGAGAUUGUGAUUGGUUACCGGUUAGCUAAUGCUGAGAGAGCUGUCAUCAAUCCCACAGCGAAAAGUGAUAGGCAGAGGUGGUCAGCAAAGGAUGUUUUUGUGGUCAUUGCUGAGAAGGAAUGAGUCAAUUUCUAGAUCUUCCACAUAGACGGAAAGGGAUCGGGAUUCCAUUUAAAAUGACACAUCGUAUUACAUUUCUUUAUCUGGGGCAUCUUGUAAUGUGUAUAUAGGCAAGCAUUAAUUUUGUUUUGUUUUUGUAUUAUCUGUUUAUAGGACCUUACAUAUAUGGUCCUAUCAACUGCCAACCCUUGAACAACUUGUACCAACAGCCAAGUCAUCAUAAUUUUUAUGGAAAUAAAGUGUUAUUAUGCAA